AUGUCGCAACAGCAGAAGUACCCCUUCUGGCUUGGAGGAGUCGGCGCUUCUAUGGCCGCAAGCUGCACGCAUCCGCUGGACCUCACAAAAGUUCGAAUGCAGACAUUACCCCCGGUUGCAGUGAAACGCCCUUCCACAUUUUCUGUCAUCCGCACGACUGUGGCUGAGGGAGGCUUCCGGAGUCUGUACACCGGCCUGACAGCUUCUCUCAUGCGACAGAUGUCCUAUUCACUCAUUAGGUUAGGUAGUUACGAGAGUCUAAAAGCGCGUUUGUCACAACAUGGGCAUGCAUCAACUGGGCAACUCUUGUUGGCCGCUAUGUUGGCCGGAGGAAUGGGUGGCGUAGCGGGUAACCCCGCUGAUAUCCUGCUAGUCAGAAUGACGAGUGACUCGAUUCGACCGCCUGAACGAAGAUACAAUUACUCUAAUGCACUGAGUGGUCUGGUAGCGCUAAUCAAGAAGGAAGGUGCGAGGGGGUUAUUCCGAGGGCUGGGGACAAACACAACACGAGCUGUCUUGAUGAACGGUUCUCAAGUAGGAUCCUAUGAUUUCUUCAAGUCCACAUUAUUGCGACAUCCAAUACCCAUAAUCGAAUACCAUUUCCGCGACAGCCUUUUGCUGCAUACUGUUUCAAGUCUUCUAGCAGGAACUGUUGCAACGACUGUUUGUGCUCCAGCGGAUGUGCUCAGGUCUCGAGUCAUGUCGGCGUCCGGUAAAUCGAGUCCUGUGGAGGUGUUGAAGACAUCGUUGCAGCACGAGGGCCCGAGGUUCCUUUUCAAAGGCUGGACGCCGGCGUUCAUCCGUCUCGGACCAAACACCGUUCUCAUGUUUGUCUUCUUCGAGCAAUUGAAGCAUGCUUGGCGCACGCUGUACCCAACAGUGUAA